AUGCAUACUGCCGAUGAUAUUCAGUUGGAAUUAGAAGAACCAUUCAUAAUACAAGUAGAGAAUCCAGUAUCUACUAAAAAAAAUACUGCCUGUUUGAGAUUUCGACGAUUGUUCACUCUUGAUGUUCAACCAAAUGAAAAACAUUAUUAUCCCGUGUUUAUUAUCAUUAUGUCUAUCUUACAUAUUUCCAUUCAUUUGACAACAUAUGUCAACAUCCGAUGGAGAAAUCAACGUUUUAUAUAUUCAUUACAUGAUCUUUGGGUGUAUUAUAUACCAUGUAUGCGACCAACACCUUACGAUAUUCGUAUGCGUACCGCCCAUUGCAGAUCAUCGAUACAAAAUGUUACAUGUUAUUACGGUGACGAACUCAAACACAAGUGUUUCUCUUUUCUAUAUCCAUAUCAAUUAUGGAGAAUGGUUACUGUUAGCCUAAUUCAUAGUAGUUGGUUACAUUUAUUAGCUAAUCUAUCAAAACAAAUACUGUUGGGUAUUCUACUCGAACGUAAAUAUGGUUCAUUUCGAAUAGUUAUUGUCUACUGGCUUUCAACUGUAGGUGCAGUUCUAUUAUGUGCUAUGUUGGCAGACAGUCGAGAAGGCGGUAUUGGAUCUUCUGGUGCUAUAUAUGGUUUGGCAUUAUUUUUCACUGUGGAACGUCUUAAUGCAAUAAAAACAAAUAGCGAUCGUCGCCUUUUCAUACUGAUGCAACUAAUUCUAUUUAUUGUAUUUCCUACGACCAUCACCAUAUCUAUGGCGGCUAUUCUUGGCAUUAAUGUGGGACAUUCAGCUCAUUUUGGUGGUGGUUUGGUAGGCUGUGUGUUUGG